GGGAGCGGAGGAUGAUGAAGCUCAAGUCCAACCAGACGCGCACCUACGACGGGGACGGCUACAAGAAGCGGGCGGCCUGCCUGUGCUUCCGCAGCGAGAGCGAGGAGGAGGUGCUGCUGGUUAGCAGUAGUCGUCAUCCUGAUCGAUGGAUCGUCCCUGGGGGUGGCAUGGAGCCCGAGGAGGAGCCCAACGUGGCUGCUGUGCGGGAAGUCUGCGAAGAGGCUGGAGUGAAAGGGACGUUAGGAAGAUUGGUGGGAAUUUUUGAGAAUCGAGACAGGAAACACAGGACAUAUGUUUACGUACUUAUUGUCACUGAAGUGUUGGAAGAUUGGGAGGACUCUGUCAAUAUUGGAAGGAAAAGGGAAUGGUUUAAGAUAGAAGAUGCCAUCAAAGUUCUGCAGUAUCACAAACCGGUGCAGGCCUCGUAUUUUGAAACCUUGAGGCAAGGCUGCUUGGCAAACAACGGCACUCCAGUCAUGACCACGACGUACUCUGAGGGCUCUGUGUCUGACAUCAGAUGACUGAGGACGUCCCUGUGAGAGAGAGUUUGAAAAACAGACUGAAACAUGGAUUUUCCCCCCCCCUCCCCUUUUUCACAUGCCUCCUCUAUCAAACAAGGCAUGGGCAGCAGCCUGUGGCAGAGCAAGUGUUAAGAGUGCUGCAAUUUAGUGCAAGGUGGGAUUUUUUUUUGUUGUUGUUGGCUUUUUUUUUUGUUGUUGUUUUUUGCUUUUUUGGAUAUGUAUUUUGUAAGAUACAUUUUGUGCAUGAAGUGCCCCUUUCCCGUCACACCGCUUCCAUUGCCUGGCGAGCGAGGCUGCCACUUUUGCCUCUGCCUUGUGUUCUGAAGUGUCCCAUUCGUGUCAUCCCAGCCAUAGCCACUUCUUUUUUUUUUUUUAAUUAAAAGACUUCAAAUGUGAGAUCAGCUCUUUAAGUCUUAGUCUGUACUGUAAGGUGCUGUUUGGACCCGCGUGGCGGUCGCUUUCAGCACACAUGUAUAAACAACAUUUUUUUUUUAGAUGGAGGAUCUAACAUUUUAAUUUUUUUUUAAUCCUGGUCUGCUUCUGAAGAGAAGGGUUCAUAAUUAAUCUGUUUGCCUUUUGUUCUGUUUUUUUUUUCUCUAAAAAUACACGUUCUGUGGCAGUGCUAGUGGCUGGGCCAGUUUACUCCCCAUUCAGCAACUUCCCAUUUGGUGCAGUGACUCUUGAAGUUGAGGGCAGAGUUUUGAUCACCUGCAGACAUCCCUGCUGCUCAGUCGCUUCUCCUGCAGCUUCUGCCGACGUUUCUGCUUUCACAUCAAAAUGAAACGAAAAGAGUUUGGUCUUUUAAGGCUUGGCCAAAAAUAAAUAGCCUCAGAAACGCUACGGUAGGAAACAGAUUUCACUGUCUGUGGUAGGAAGCGGGGAUUCAGAGGGGGCUCAAAGUCUGACAAACUGGAGCGUCGAUCACCAAUGCUGUUCUGCUGAUCCUGCUGCAUUCUGCUGAUGUCUCUUCUUGUCCACAUGCCUUAUACCGUGCUGAACUGGAUAUCGUAACUUGUGCUGAAGCAUCGGAUUGUACUUACUGAGUGUUACCGCGCGAACCCUUGGCUGGAUAACCACGUGUAUCCCCGACAAGAAGUCCAGGGGGAAAGAUUCAGGUGUUCAAUCUCUUGUCCUGUGGUUCUGCAGCACUUGCAGUUGCACCGUGGAGCACGUUCAGAAUGUUUAAACUCUCCCUCCGUGAAAGGUACAGCUGACUCCUGAGCAGAAUUGCUGGUUGGAGAAGUACACCGUUAAUAGGAUGGCUUCCCUGAUGCAUUGGCACACUUCACUUUUUUUUUUUUGUUCUGUUUUUAUUGAUGUAAGUUUCAUGCUGUCUUGAUUUGCCAACAGUGUUGUCUAGUUGGGAAAUAAAAUGGGAAGGGUUGGGGCUGGGGGGUGGGUUGGGACAGGUACAACUUUUGGGAGGGGCAUUAAUUAAUCCCUGGCUUGGGACAAGAAGCAGUUGCUGAAUUCAGUAACUUCUCUUUUGUCAGAACAUAGCCAAGAUGUGAAAUUAAAUCUGCAGUACUCUUUUUUUUUUCCUCUUUAUUUAACAAAAAAAAAAUAUUCUAAUAAAUACUCACUGUUCAGAGUUUUCUCUCUUCCCAAGAAGCGCUUAACAUGGAAAUCUGAUAGAAAUAUCCAUGGAGCUUGGGACAAGGGGGAAUGGUAUCCUUGCUGCUUUGGCAAGAAGCUGUUCAUUUUCAGAUCCUAUUCUGUUCCUGUACUUGUUCUCCCUGCUUUCAUCGAUGUGGGGUAGCCAGGCCAAAAGCAGUGCCAGUGAUUGCUGACAUGAAAAACCGUGCAUAAGAAAAAGCUGAGAGGCGUUAUUCAAGGAGUAGCCUGGAAUCGAGCCUAAAUUGCACCAGUUCAGUUCACUUCGACUUAGAGACGAAUGUACAGUACUGUCCUGCUCUCUGCUGAUGGGCCUGAACCAAACUCUCACAAGGGCUUCAAUCUUGUCUUUGGAAGUGUACGAGGAUUCCAGCAGUCUGCUGUCACUGAGCCCUGGGCGGCACCUAACACAGCCAUCUACUGCCUUCAACUGAGUUCUUGUCUUACUGUACAGAUCAGUAUGUGGAGAAUGCUUUGCAACAAAACAGCUGGUACUCCUGAAAGAGUAAUUGCAGUUUUAAUAUCAACAGCAUGCACACUUUUUGUUUUUAAACUAAAAAAAGAUGUUUUUACAGGGCUGUUAAACUGACAAUUUAGGGUAGAAUAUUGUUAAUGACUUGCUAAUGGCUUAUUUGUCUGGGUCAGAAAAAUAAAUUGUGCCAAGAAAGUG